CGUCCUCACUCUCUCCAGGGCGCCGACUCUGCGCUCUGUCGCGCACGCGCACUACCCCCUCAUGCCUUGCGCGAGGCGGCGGCUGUGCACCGCCAUCUUGGCCGGUGGCGGUAAGAACACGCUGAGUGCUAAGACCUGACGGCUAGCGCUGCUUUGGCUCCUGCACGCCCCACUGUAAGGGGACCGUUGUCUUCAGAAGAGCUGGAUAUUCUUUGUUACAAUUAUGGCAGACAAAUUAACCAGAAUUGCUAUUGUUAACCACGACAAAUGCAAACCUAAGAAAUGUCGGCAGGAGUGCAAAAAGAGUUGCCCUGUGGUUCGGAUGGGAAAAUUAUGCAUAGAAGUUACACCCCAGAGCAAAAUAGCAUGGAUUUCUGAAACUCUUUGUAUUGGAUGUGGUAUUUGUAUUAAGAAAUGUCCCUUUGGCGCCUUAUCAAUUGUCAAUUUGCCAAGCAACUUGGAAAAAGAAACCACACAUCGCUAUUGUGCCAAUGCCUUCAAGCUUCACAGGUUGCCUAUCCCUCGUCCAGGUGAAGUUUUGGGAUUAGUUGGAACUAAUGGUAUUGGAAAGUCGACUGCACUAAAAAUUUUAGCAGGAAAGCAAAAGCCAAACCUUGGAAAGUACGAUGAUCCGCCUGAUUGGCAAGAGAUUUUGACUUAUUUCCGUGGCUCUGAAUUACAAAAUUACUUCACCAAGAUUCUAGAAGAUGACCUAAAAGCCAUUAUCAAACCUCAAUAUGUAGACCAAAUUCCCAAGGCUGCAAAGGGAACAGUGGGCUCUAUUCUGGACCGAAAAGAUGAAACAAAGACACAAGCAAUUGUAUGUCAGCAGCUUGAUUUAACUCACCUUAAAGAACGAAAUGUCGAAGAUCUUUCAGGAGGAGAAUUGCAGAGAUUUGCUUGUGCUGUCGUUUGCAUACAAAAAGCUGAUAUUUUUAUGUUUGACGAACCUUCUAGUUACCUCGAUGUCAAGCAACGUUUAAAGGCUGCCAUUACUAUUCGGUCCCUGAUAAAUCCAGAUAGAUACAUCAUUGUGGUGGAGCAUGAUCUAAGUGUAUUAGACUAUCUCUCUGACUUCAUCUGCUGUCUGUAUGGUGUACCAAGUGCUUAUGGUGUUGUCACUAUGCCUUUUAGUGUAAGAGAAGGCAUAAAUAUAUUUUUGGAUGGCUAUGUUCCAACAGAGAACUUGAGAUUCAGGGAUGCAUCACUUGUUUUUAAGGUAGCUGAGACAGCAAAUGAAGAAGAAGUUAAAAAGAUGUGCAUGUAUAAAUAUCCCGGGAUGAAGAAAAAGAUGGGAGAGUUCGAGCUAGCAAUUGUAGCUGGAGAGUUCACUGACUCUGAAAUCAUGGUGAUGCUGGGGGAAAAUGGUACAGGUAAAACCACAUUUAUCAGAAUGCUUGCUGGAAGGCUUAAACCAGAUGAAGGAGGAGAAGUACCGGUUCUAAAUGUCAGUUAUAAGCCUCAGAAAAUCAGUCCUAAAUCAACAGGAAGUGUUCGCCAGUUACUGCAUGAAAAGAUAAGAGAUGCUUACACUCAUCCUCAGUUUGUGACUGAUGUCAUGAAGCCCCUACAGAUUGAAAACAUCAUUGACCAAGAGGUACAGACAUUGUCUGGUGGUGAACUUCAACGAGUAGCUUUAGCUCUUUGUUUGGGCAAACCUGCUGAUGUCUAUUUAAUUGAUGAACCAUCUGCAUAUUUGGAUUCUGAGCAAAGAUUAAUGGCAGCUCGAGUCGUCAAACGUUUCAUUCUCCAUGCAAAAAAGACAGCCUUUGUUGUAGAACAUGACUUCAUCAUGGCCACCUACCUAGCAGAUCGCGUCAUCGUCUUUGAUGGUGUUCCAUCUAAGAACACAGUUGCAAACAGUCCUCAGACUCUUUUGGCUGGCAUGAACAAAUUUUUGUCUCAGCUCGAAAUUACAUUCAGAAGAGACCCCAACAACUACAGACCACGAAUAAAUAAGCUCAAUUCAAUCAAGGACGUAGAACAAAAGAAGAGUGGGAACUACUUUUUCUUGGAUGAUUAGAUUGAAUCUGAACUUAUCAAUAAGCCAUUACUUACUGGGAUUUUUAUCAUAUAAAACUUUAAUCAGGUUUUAUGGCCCCACAUACUCUGGAGCUUGAAGUAUGAUUUUCUUAAUGUGACAUCAAAAGCCAGUUGUCUUGUAAAUUGUUGUUUUAAGAACUAUUCUGUUCUUAAGAUUAAACCUCUGUGCAUACUACACUAACAUGGAGACAUUUCAGAUAUAUCAAUUACCUCCAGAUUUUCAUGGUCUGCGGGGAGAUUUUCAGUUGUGUAUUGUAUUAUAUUUAUGUACCAGAUGCUUUCUGGUGUUGCCCAUCUUUAAAAUCUUGGAUAAAAUCUAUACUUACCUGUUUGCUAAGUGUACCAGUAUACAGUGUACAGUGAACUGCCCUCUUCUAAAAGCCAGUCACAGACUGCUGCGGUCUGAUACAUAAGCAUCAGGGCUGUAUUUGCUACUUGUGUUCAGUCUGUGCACUGUUAUUUUCUAUUAGUGUGUGCUUCCAAGGAACAGUGUCUGCUACAAACACCGUUGUUGGAAGAUGUUUAUGACCAACUUAUGCAUUGUUUUUAAUGGGUUUUUGGUGCUUUUGAACAUCUGUCAAAAUUUAUUUCAGUACCCUAAUUUAACUCUGGUUUUUUGUUUUUUUUGUUUUUUAGUUCUUACAUUCUAUAAGAUCUAUAAUAACAUUCACAGUAAUGUUACUUUUAUAAAUAUAUAUAAUCACUGAUCGAGAUUAGGGAGGAGGCAUUUCUGAAGAAUAUUUGCUUCCUGUAUAACUAUAGGCGUGGGCUGGGGCGAUGGUUCAGUCAGUAAAGUGCAAGCUGCAUACUCAUGAGGACCAUAUUUGAGACUUAGAUACCAACACUGGGAAGUGAAGUCAAGCAGAUCCCUAAAGCUCACUGGCCAGUCAGCCUAACACAAUCUAUGAGCGCCAUGUUCAGUAGAAGGUCUUGUCUCAAAAAGCUAAGUGGACUUAAGCACUUGAGGAAGACACCUUAUAUCAGCCCUCUGGCCCCAACACACUGAUGUGUAUACACACACACACAACCCUACAGAUACAGUCUUUAUAGUUGGUGCCUAAGUAUCUGGAUUUUAGGGUUUCAGUUUUAGUUUUGUUUUGAGACAGCAUGUCCCUACAGCCCAAACUGGCCUCAAAUUAGGUAUCCAAGGACAACCUUGAAUUUCUCAGCCCACUAACUAGGCUUGGAUUACGCAGUGCUGAGGAUCAAACCCAGGGCUUUUGUGUGUGCUAAGCAAGCACUCUAACAACUGAGCUACAUCCCCAGCCCUACAUAUUUAUAGACUACAGAUUCAACCAAGGACAACCUUAAACAACUUCUCCAGUAUGUGCAGGGGAAAAUAGCAAUACAAAGUAGCCAUUGCUGUAGUGCAUACUCCUUUGUAGGUUUGGAUACAAAGGACAUCAUCCACAUCUUACUAAUAUGCCAAACUGGAAUUAUGAGAAAGGUGGAUUACAAUGAACAGGGCAGGCAGAACAGGAAAAUUAAAAUUAUUUGACAAGACUUUAGAACUUUUAAGUAAUAGAUCUUGAUUAAUUUGCAAACAAUGAUAGUUUGUUUUGACUGCAACCUAUUAGGCCUUCUAAAAAUGAAUUUAUAUAAUCCAUAAAUACAUAUCUGUUGUAAAAGAAUGCAAAUAUGCAGAAGUAUAUGGAAUAAAAUCUCUCCCUUCAUCAGUUUCUGAGUUUA